UGUGUGUGUGUGUGCGCGCGCCUCUUGGGGAAGUGAGGAAGUGGUAUUUUGUGACUUAAACGUCUGUGCCUCUCCGAGAAGUUUUAAUUACUCUACUGAAACCUAGAAAAUGUUGCUUUAGCUUCACAUUUUUUGUGCUCCUCCCAAAGAAAGGGAGGAGUGGUUUGAGCUGUGUGCACCUCCUGGAAUUGCAAGGAGUGAACUGUAACUUAGGUGUGGUGUUUACAGGUUUUUUUUUUAGCCUCUUGUCUUUGUGUGCUCCCCUCAACGAAAGGGAGGCGUGAUUGGAGCAUUUGCAUUUGUUUAGGUGUGGUCUAUUUCCCUGGGAGGAGCGGUAAGGAGUAACUGAGUUUAUGAAUACAUGUACCUGCUCCUCCCUUAGUGUAGACCUUUCAUUGUAUUAAGAUAUGAAUAACAGUAUUGCCAGUAUGAAAAGUGAAGAUGUGUUAUUUGACCUUUUAGAAAAGCAUGGUGCUCGUCCCUGUUUGUCAGGGGUGGACUGGGCAUGCCAAAAUUGGCAUAAUUUGCAGAGCGUUUCGGACCGCAUUAGUGUCUUACAGAAUGAGGCUCGUUCACGAGCUGGAAAAGGAAAGGCGUUUAUUUGUGCUGUUCUCGGGGCUGCUUUAAAAGCUGCCAUGGAGUUUCGAAAUGAAAAGCAUUCAGCAGAACUCCAAACCGUAGAAGCACUACAGGAGUCGGUUAGAGUUACACAAGAAUUGGUAAAAACUCCGCAGUAUCAAAUAGUUAAUCUCGAGGAACAACUAGAAAGAGAGAAACAUAAUUCGGCCUUGUUGCAGAUGGCUUUCAAGGAACUGUUAACUAGUAAAGAUACUAGCAAUACUGUCACCCCGAGUUUGCCUCAAGAAAAAACUUUUCCUCAGGAGGAACUACAAGAAAUAAAGGAAAGACUAGACGAAUUAGAAACCCCAAUAGCCCCAUUGCAUCCCUUGAUAAAAACAGAAUAUACCUUCAAUAACAGCGAGGAUCUAGAUCCUCAAAUGAAUGUGAAGGAAAUUCCGUUCUCGGCCACCAAACUAGCAAAACUGAAAAAGGACUUUAGCUGCUCUCCAGAGGAAUCAGAAACAGAAUAUGUAUGGAGGCAGAGUCUCACUGGUGGCGACCAGAUUCAGUUAACAGAAAAGGAAGCAGAAGGUUAUUGGGCAGCAGGAGUAUUUUUAACUACUGGUAACAAUCGUGCUCCCUGGUCAUUAACGCAAAGGGCUGCCUAUUGGGCAGGUGGUCUCAACCCUUUAGAAAGGGGACACCCUCUUGCCAUUACUGGAACUACUGACCAAUUAGUAGAGAGCGUUCAAAAGGCUGCUUGUCUCCAACUGAUGUAUGAUAGAAAGCUGCAGCCACAUCAUGAAUCACCCAUGGUGAUGCCCGUUGAUCCUGAGAGAAUGACCCCUUUAAUUAGAGGGCUUCCGGAAUCACUGAAACCCAUAGGCAUACAAUUACAGGCAAGGAUACAAGCUAUGUCACAGGGAGAAAGAACCCGGGCAGUGUUAGAAGAAACUGUAACCCCCAAACAUCUGCAGUCAGGAUGCAAAGUAUGGACGUGGGGGGAGGCCCAAGAGUUAAUUAACUGUGGAAGAAAAUAUGGGCCUGUGGUUUCUUUUCCCAGUAAAUCCAAGCCUAGAGGUGUAAGGCUUGCAGCAGCCAGUCUUGCCCCCAGGCCACCUCGCCCUAAGCUCAGUGGGUCUGGAAGGGUCUCAUUGCCAGUAAAAACCGGUAGACAGAAUAUCUUUCAUAAGUGUAAUGGACUUUGCGUUUGGACGGACUGGAAAAAGGGUAUUCCACGAAAUUUGAUGGAUGGAUUGACAACAGGUAGGUUAGAGAAAUUAGUUAAAUGGUGGCCAGAACAAAAGCUCGAGAAUCUUGAGGAAAGCAAAACCCCAGGUCCUAGGGCCUCUCCCAGGGAACCUGAACGGCUACCCAAGCCAUUAGAAAACUGAUGUCUCCGCCCCUCCCAAGUGAGCGGGGUGGGGGCGGUGAAGGGUGGUUGUAUUAGAAAGCUCACAACAAAGGGAAACACUGAUCUCCCGGGCCAGCCUGUGUCGAUUGGCUCAGCUAACCUGAGGCUGGUUUCCUUAACCUUAACGGGAUACCUUAACAAAUAUCCUUGGAAGGCCAAGGACAUCCCGAAGAAGGAAUAUAAAAUUAACACUUGCUGGAUUGUUCCCUCAUUUUUUAAUCAUAUUAACAAAGCGUCCCCUCCCCCCCCCCUCAAAAAAAAAA